UAUCAGGUUCUCAAAAUGUCAUCUGUCAAGGAGCAGCUUAUUGAGAAUCUAAUUGAGGAAGAUAAAGUCUCCCAGAAUAAGGUCACCAUUGUUGGAACUGGUGCUGUAGGCAUGGCGUGUGCGAUCUGUAUCUUGCUGAAGGAUUUGGCUGAUGAGCUUGCCCUUAUUGAUGUUGUAGCAGACAAACUGAAGGGAGAAACAAUGGAUCUUCAGCAUGGUAGUCUUUUCUUUAAUACUCCAAAGAUCGUCUCUGGAAAAGAUUACAGUGUAUCUGCAAAUUCCAGAUUAGUUAUUAUUACAGCAGGUGCACGGCAGCAAGAGGGAGAAAGUCGCCUUAACCUGGUCCAACGUAAUGUGGAUAUCAUGAAGUCAGCCAUUCCUGCCAUAGUCCAAAAUAGUCCUGACUGUAAGAUGCUUAUUGUUUCAAAUCCAGUGGAUAUUUUGACAUACGUUGUCUGGAAGUUGAGUGGUUUACCUGCAACUCGUGUAAUCGGAAGUGGUUGUAAUCUAGACUCUGCCCGUUUCCGUUACCUAAUUGGACAGAAGUUAGGUGUACAUCCCUCCAGCUGCCAUGGUUGGAUUAUUGGUGAACAUGGUGAUUCUAGUGUGCCUUUAUGGAGUGGAGUAAAUGUUGCUGGUGUUGCUCUGAAGAGUCUAGACCCUAAGUUAGGAACUGAUUCAGACAAGGACUCCUGGAAAAAUAUCCAUAAGGAAGUUGUUGGAAGUGCCUAUGAGAUUAUCAAGCUGAAGGGGUAUACCUCUUGGGGUAUUGGACUGUCUGUGACAGAUCUGGUAAAAUCAAUUUUGAAAAAUCUUAGGAGAGUGCAUCCAGUAUCCACUAUGGUGAAGGGCUCAUAUGGAAUAAAAGAAGAAAUCUUUCUCAGUAUCCCUUGUGUCUUGGGACGAAAUGGUGUCUCAGAUGUUGUGAAAGUUAACUUGAAUUCUGAGGAGGAGGCCCUUUUUAAGAAGAGUGCAAGCACACUUUGGAACAUCCAAAAAGACCUGAAAUUUUAA